UAGGCAGGAUACUAUACAGAGCAUAUGAUAUUGUCUCAUGGCCAAGGCAGUCUUUGCUGGCAGUCUACUGGACCAUACAGGCCUUUACUGGACCCUGGACCUACCGGAUGCAGGAUUGUUAGGAAUCCUUUACCUCCCAUGUGUGGGUCUGAUCACAUAACCUAUUCGGUUGGAUCGCCACCUGGGAGACUGCGGUGACUGCAACCUAACCUGUGCAUAAGCUACGCGAAGUCAAAGCAAUUCGUUGUUCGUACUCGUUGUUUUAUUGUCAGCGACUGAUCUCGUCAACACAUGCUACACUGAUUCUAUUUAGAACGAUGGACAAGGAAUUAGAGAGAUCUGGAGGCUCUCAAAUUGGACAUCCUGGAGAUCUGAUACCCUUAGCUCCAGCUGUAAAUUUGGUUGAAAUUGGUGACACUUGUAUUGAACCAAGUGCAAACUUUGAGAAUGACUGUGGUAUAUCGAGGAUAUGUCAAGAAGUUUCAUACGCGGAAUUUUUCUGCCAAUACCUUGUGAGAAAUAGUCCUUGCAUCAUCAGUAACUUUGUCUCAAAUGAUUGGGAAAGCAGGAAACUUUGGAGAGAAGGUCUAAAGCCCUCUUGGUCUUCCCUAAGGGAACAGUUUGGUGAUGCGGAAGUUCCCGUCGCUAAUUGUAACGAAAAAGAGUACAAUUCUCAAAAAAAAUCUACCUUUACUUUGAAUAAAUAUUUAGAUUACCUAGAACAACACAUCGAGAAUGGGCAUCAGUCAUCUGAUCCUAAUCUUUACUUGAAGGAUUGGCAUCUUACCCGAGACUAUCCUGCUGCUGCUGUUUAUAGAGUACCCAACUACUUUGCAUCAGAUUGGUUAAAUGAGUAUUUCUGCCAAAGGACAGAUGUUCAUGAUGACUAUAGAUUUGUAUACAUCGGGCCUAAAGGAUCAUGGACCCCUCUACAUGCCGACGUUUUCACUUCCUUCAGUUGGUCGGUCAACAUUGUUGGGCGGAAGCGCUGGGUUUUAUUUCCUCCUGGUGAGGAAGCACACUUAAAAGAUCGGUUUGGCAACCUUGCAUAUGACAUCUUUUCAGAAGAAAUUCAUGAUUUAACCAAAUAUCCUCAUUGCAAGAAGCCUGGUAAACUUUAUGAUAUCAUUCAAGAAGCAGGAGAAGCUAUAUUUGUGCCCUCUGGAUGGCAUCAUCAAGUUUGGAACCUUGAAGAUACUAUAUCUAUAAACCACAAUUGGAUAAAUGGAUGUAAUAUAAGGCAAAUUUGGAUUGCAUUGAGUUCCUGCCUUCUAGCAGUGCAGAAAGAAGUAAAUGAUUGUUCUGACAUGGACGGUUGGCAUUCACAUUGCCAAGUAAUGCUUAGAGCUACUCAUGGUAUGAAUUUUGAAGAGUUUUAUGAGCUAUUAAAAUGUGUUGCUGAACCUCGGAUAGUGCAAGCAAAAGGAGGUGAAAGAGUGACUCUGUAUGGUGGAUGGGAGCUUGGUACACAACACGCAGUUUGGGACCUCAAACAAAUUUCCACCACUAUGGAUUUAUUUUUAAGUGAUCCAAAUGUACCUAUUUUACCAUGGGUUUCCACAAAGAAGCCUAGAAUACUCAAAGAAAAUAUAGAUAGCAUUCUUCAAACAUCACGAAACAAUAAAUGAGUAAUUUUUAAAAGCUGUA